GCGAUGCCCCAGAGAAGUGACAGUCCGCAAAAGAUAAGGCUGACAGCGUCCUGACGGUCAGGCUGCGGGGACAACAAACCCAUCUGAGAUUUGAGUUUUUAUUUACAAAGAACUGCAGAGAGAAAAAAACCUUGCAGGGGCGUCGUGCAGCCGACUUGUCUCAAAAGUGGGUCACUUUCUUUUUUUUAAAAAAGUCGGAUUUUUUUUUUGUUUUGUUUUCAUCUCUAACCACGUGGACGAGCCAGCAGGGUUCAUGUGUGACAUAUACAGCCUGGACUCUCACUGCGUGUCCCCACGAUGCAACAUGAGCUGGGCGAUGGAGCCUGCUAACUUCUACGAGAGCGCCAAUAAGCUGGGGGGUCCGCAGCAGGGCGUCAACAAGCCGGCCAGCAGGACCGACGGCGCGGGCGAGGAGGCCACCAUGGUGGAGCUGAGCACCAGCACCCCGGCCAUGUACGACGACGAGAGCGCCAUCGACUUCAGCCAGUACAUCGAGUCCAUGACGUCGGUGCCCAACCUGGAGCUGUGCAACGACGAGCUCUUCCUCGACCUGUUCAACACGGUGAAGCAGGAGAAGCCGGACUUUUACAACCUGCAGACCGUGCUGUCCGGCGGCAUGCAGCACCAGCAGCACCAGCAGCAGCACCAGCAGCAGCAGCUGCAGCUGUCGGCCGUCUACGCCAAGCAGGACGGCGCGCCGGAGAAGGGGGCGUUCUGCGCCCCGAUCAAGCAGGAGUCCGACUGGAGCGACAGCGACGUGUCCUCGUCCCUGCCCUCCCAGAUCGAGACGUGCGCGCAGACGUCCGUCAGCCUGCCGACGGGCCAGCCGACUCCGCCGACCACCCCGGAGCCCGUCUCCGCCGUCAGCUCGGCCAAGCCGUCCCCCAGGAAGCUGGGCAGGGAGAAGGGCAAGAAGUCGGUGGACCGGUACAGCGUGGAGUACCGGCAGAGGCGCGAGCGGAAUAACAUUGCCGUGCGUAAAAGCAGGGACAAAGCCAAGAGGCGCAACUUGGAGAUGCAGCAGAAGAUGAUCGAGCUGAGCAACGAGAACGACAAACUCCACAAAACCAUCGAGCAGCUAACCAGGGAGCUCAGCGGGCUCAGAGAGUUCUUCAAACAGAUGCCCGGCGGCUCGUUUGCGGGCUCAGCGAGCGCGGAGAGCCGGUGACACACUCUCUCUCCUGUGAACUGACUUUUUAGGAGACAUACCUCAACAGACACUUGUCUUUACCAUCUGUACCAGAUGUAUUAAGCUUACCAUAAUGGCACUGGAAAAUAUGUUGUUGCUGCCAUAUUUUUUUUUUUUUUUUGUGGGAUUUAUUUUUUCUCUCCUCCCGUAUUAAAUUAUUUUACCACUGCAUUUACAUGAUGUCAAUACCUGAUAUGGUACAAGUUUUAUAAUUUCUAACUUUGUAUAAGAGCCAGAGCAUGAUCUUUUAUAUAGUUUGUAUAAAACCUUGACGAUGUGUUUAUGAAUCUGUAAUAAAAAGAAUGACAACGUGCAAGGA